UAGUGCAGAGUGGAUAAUUAUGAACUGGGCUAUUACUUCCAAAAUAUUAGUCCUUCUUCCUAUAGGAGCAGAGCAGAGCAGAAAACAAGAAGAAAAACUGAGCAAAUUUUGGCAGGAAUCCCAAUUACAAUUGAUAGAUUUUGAUUGAAUCAGUGUUUGAUUGAGCUAAAGAAAAAUUAUUAUGCCUAAUUUGUAUGUAAAGGCAGUGCCUCCGGCGGAUCUGAACCGGAACACAGACUGGUUCAUGUACCCUGGAGUAUGGACCACCUAUAUACUCAUCCUCUUCUUCUCAUGGCUUGUUCUCACCGCUUUUGGCUGCUCUCCUGGCAUGGCUUGGACCGUCGUCAAUCUCUCGCACUUUAUUGUCACAUAUCACUUCUUCCAUUGGAAGAAAGGAACUCCAUUUGCAGAUGAUCAGGGGAUGUACAAUCAAUUGACUUGGUGGGAGCAAAUAGACAAUGGGAAGCAGCUCACUCGUAACAGAAAAUUCUUAACUGUUGUGCCUGUUGUGCUGUACUUGAUAGCCUCACAUACAACUGAUUACCAACAACCAAUGCUCUUCUUCAAUACCAUUGCUGUGACUGUGAUGGUUGUUGCCAAAUUCCCCAAUAUGCACAAGGUCCGAAUCUUCGGAAUUAAUGGGGAUCCGUAAAUGGUUCUUGUUUUUUUUAUUUCCAGUUUGUGUUUCUCAAAAUCUAAGCUUUGUCAUUCUCCUGCUGUUCUGCGUAAAGCUCGUCUCUGUAUAGAAGGCAGGACAGGAAAGCGUACUUGCUGCGUUAGUGCUUAUGUCUUUUACAAGUGCUUCUCUAGAUAGUGAAGCAAUAAAAAUGUAACAAGUUUUCUGUACAGUGUAAUUUUCCUUGUAAACUUUAUAUGAGUACUAUAAUUAGUUCAAUCUCUGUGAACUAUAUAUACUACCAUUUCAAGAUCUUUUUUGAGCUUAUGCU